AUUAUUUUCUCGGUCGCGACUCGCGAGCGGCAAUUGGACGCAUCGCAUCGGAUCUCUUCCUCCGGUCUUCUCUGACCUCUGGGCCUCUGACUCCGCGCCCACACCGCCACUGCCUCUGGCCUCCAGCCACCUCCCGAUCUGGCCGAGCUCGCCUCCCCGGAGGCGGCGCAUGGAUCCCGCCUCGUCGGUGGCCGCCGAGUUUUGGCGGCCGCCGUACCACCACCUCCGGGCCUCGUCCGUCGUCACCGCCGCCGCCCGCUCCGGGGGCGGCUCCAGCAGCCGCAGGAGACCGCGGCGCGACGCCGCGGCGUCGUCCGAGGAGGAGCCGUCCAAGCUCGUUUCCACGUCGGGCACCGCCGCCAGCAGCAGCGCGGGCUGCCAGGACUCGGCUGACCCAGAAGCAAAACGGUUGAAACAGAUAGCACCUAGUGAAAAAAAUGACAGAAGGACAGAAGCUGAAACAAAUUCAGGGAACGCUAGCAAGUCUGCUGAUAAAAAGCCUGCACCUAAAGAGCCACCAAAAGACUACAUCCAUGUGAGGGCUAGAAGAGGUCAAGCAACGGACAGCCAUAGCCUCGCAGAAAGAGCACGACGAGAGAAGAUAAGUGAACGGAUGAAAGUUCUUCAAGAUAUUGUCCCUGGAUGCAACAAGGUUAUCGGGAAAGCAUCAGUCCUUGAUGAGAUAAUAAAUUACAUCCAGUCUUUACAGCGUCAAGUAGAGUUUUUGUCCAUGAAACUUGAAGCGAUUAAUGCUCAUGUGAGCAAUGCAACUGUAGCUUUUCCAACCAAAGAUUUUGGUGUUGCGCCAUAUAAUACUGCUCCUAGCCUGACGUUGGACCCACAAACGCCAAGGGAAUACGCCCAGGGCUCGAUGUCAGAUUGGCUUCACAUGCAGGUCGGCAACGCAUAUGAAAGAGUGACAUGAAUAAAACGAGGAAUCCAUAAAACAAGCUGAAUUCCUUGUGGUAGCCAAUAAAGAGUACCAGGAUCAACCGAGUCCACAGUACCAGGUUCAUUUUCUUCUUCUUCUCGUGGUCAUCGUGACGCCAAAGUUAGUUUAUUUUAUUCCUAGUUUGGGGGCAUUAGCGCCGUAGAUGCGUCAUUCCACAUCCAUCUAGGAGGGAGCACUGUCGUUUACUGUAUACGGAUUUCGUGAUGUAUCCCGGGAAAUUUUUGUAGAUCGGACUCGUAGAAGAAGAGAUUGCAAUUGCAAUACUGUGUAUCACUCUGAUGUUGUCCAGUUUGAGAACUUGACAGGUGUAUGGGAUUUGCCCCGAGGCUGCUGGUUU